ACGCCUUGGGGCAAGAAAGAGAUAAAAUAGCAAAGCUUGAACGAACAGUGAAAGAGCAAACAUUGAUGCUACAAACGACCCAGGAUGAAUUUACCGCAACAAAAAACGAACUAAAUAGCAAUAUGGAACUAUUAGAGAAGAGCAAUGCUGAUUUAAACAAAUCUGUAAGCUUGAAGAAAAGUCAAAGAAAGUCAUCGAGACGCUUCAACAUGAGCAACAGUUACUGGAGGAAAUCCGUGCGCUAAAGAGAAAAAUACAUGAUCGAGACGAUAGAUACCCUUACGCUAGCAGCAGUAAUAGUAGUACUAGCAGUAGCCAUAAUGACAAUGAUAACGAAGCAAAGGUGAAAAUGAUUAUGCAAGAUUAUUAUCAUGUCUCUGCUCGUUUGAUGAAGAUCGAAGAUGAAAAGAAAAAGUUGGAGAAAGACUUGAAUUACUAUAAACGUAUCAACCAGAAUAUUGAAUUACUUCGAGAGGAAAAACAAAGCCUUGCUCACAGAGUGAAAGAGAUGGACACGAUCCGUGAGCGUAACUUUGUACUAGAAACCGAAAACAUGAAAUUAAAAGCUGAGCAUGAUGCAUGGGCCUGUUAUCUUGCCAACAGUAACAAUACAACCUACAAUGCGCGAACACCUGAAAGUAUCAUUUAUCAACUGACGAAAGAAAUAGAGGAGUACAAGUACUAUCAAUUAGUGGCUGAGCAAUACAAAGAGGAAUUAAAGGAUCAGCUCAAUGCUGUCCAUACAAUGGAGCAACAUCUGGACGAGAUGAAGCAAAAAAUGCUGGAAUACCAACAGUUACGUGCAAAAGAUGAAGCCGCUCAGCAUCUUUGGAAACAGAAUGAAGAUACCCUGAAGACGCAUAUUCAAAUUCUGGAAAGUCAGCUAAAGAUGUAUGACAGUGCUACUUCAUUAGAAGCAACUACAGACCAACAGCAGGACAGUAGUACUACCUUCGAUGACCUCAAAACAAAGCGAAUUCAGGAACUCGAAGCACUUCUCAAGCAAUUAGAGGACAAAUUGACCACUCAAACGCAACAAUUUUCUGAACAGAUAUUACAAGUCGCCAGUAAUGAUACCACUACCGCUAUGCCAGGGCCUUACGAAUCUCUGGCUUCAGGCGCACGUCUGACAGAAGUGUUGACUCAACUUCAAAAGAAAGAAGAAGCUCGUUUGAUAGAAUUGAAAGAGACUCAAACCCAACAGAAACUAUUGGAAAAGAAAUACAAAGCAACAAAGGAACAACUAGACGAGCUACAUAGAACAAUUGAGAAGAGAAAACAAUUGGAAGCUUUCACAGCGGCUCCUGCUGUUGCGACUGCUGCUGCUGCUGCUGCUGCUGCGACUGGAAAAGAAGAGAGUGCUGAACAGCAAGUUACCUUUGAGGAUAAGGAGAUUGACCCAGAUACCCAAGGAUUCAAGACUGUAAAAAUCAUGUAUUGUAAGGAUAGCCCUUCAGCACAAUUGAAAGCGAUUCGUCAUAGUACAUUGGAACGAUUAAGAAAGGAGAAUAAGGAUCUUUUGGUACAAAUUCUUCAGCAACAAGAGCAACAGCAGCAAGGGCAUGAGCAAGAGUGUGAGACAAUUUCUAUUCCUCAAAGUACUUUGGCGAACCUUCAAAAAGACAUUGAUGAACUUCAACAAAUGAUACAAAAGAAAGAUAAACGACUUGCUCGUGUCCAAAGUGUAUGGGCGAGUCGAUUGGAAGACGUCCGUCAGCUUGUGAGUAAACUUUUAGGUUACGACAUUGUGAUUCUUGGUGAAGCCUACAAUCUGGUCAAAUUGAUUCCUAUCAGCCCUUGUAUCCACAGUGCGUCCGAAUUACAUUUCGCCAUUAAACGAGAAAGAAAAGACAAUGCGUCGAUCGCUACAGCAGGUCAUCCACAACAGCGAAAGCACGUUGAGGGUACGAUUGAAGACGAGCAUUAUCGUUACAUUCUGCGCAUUGUAGGAACCGAAAAGGAGAAAUGGAUGAAUCACAAUUUGAGGAAUCUUUUCACGCGUUUUAUUGCUGAACAGCGGAAUAUUCCCGUCUUCUUGAGUCAUGUCACGAAUGAGCUGGCAGUGGAAGCGCGACUUUUGGAGGACACAGAAGGAGACUAUGAUCCUGAGUUAGAAGACGAAGACAUGGACCAUGGCACAUCAUUCUUAGAACAAGCACAGGAUGGUUAUCAGUACGACCAAGAUAUGCUGGAAAACGAGGUGACUGAAAUGUACCAAGACCAACAAGAUCAAGCUCUAGAGGAGGAGGAGGAGAAUAGGAUGGAUAAGGAAGAAAGCAACAACGAAGCUUAUACAGAAGGCUAUGAAAACAACAACGGAUUGUAUUUGAAUGCAGAACAGCAACAACAGCUGAACCAAUUACAACAGCAGCUUCAACAAUUCAAUCAACAAGGCCUGCAGAGUCAUGGUCCGGAACAAUCUCAAUUGAGUGGAUUUGGACAAACAGAGAACACGGAAGUAGUAGAAGAGGAGGACUAUGAUUACGAUGAGAACAAUGAAUAUGAUCGUGUUCAAGAAGAUGCUUAUGAUGAAAAUGAAUAUAUCAAUCAAGAAACAGAGUAUAUGGAGGACAAUGAAGACCAUACGAUGGAAGAAAGUUAUGAUGAAGAAGAAAGCUAUGCCAGUUAUGACGAAGAGGGGGAUAAUGAUCGACAUUACGAACAAUCUCAGAACCGUGUUCAGGGCGGACAUAGUCAUGAUGAACCCUUAUUGAUUGAUGAUUCUUCUGAUGACGGAAUGAACGAACAGGAAGAAGCACAAGAAGCACAAGAAGAAGAAGAAGAAGCAAAAGAGGAUCAAGAAGAAAGCUUUCUUAUUGUGAAUGAGAGUGAUGACAAUAAUGAAGAGAACGAAGAUCAAGUCCAUUCUGCAGAAGAAGAAGAAGAGUCGGAAACAGAAUAUGGACAACUCACAGAAGAGGGCUAUCUUCGACAAGAUGAACCUGUCAUUGCAGGAGAUCCCUCCGAUGUGAGCAGUGAUCACGACGGAAACGAGGAUGAAGAAGAGGAGGGUGAAGGACAACAGCAUGAACAUAACGAAAAAACGUCUAUUACUGAAAGUGACUUGGUGACUGAAAAUGAUGACGAAGGUGAAGAUGAGUUAGAAGAGGAUAUGGCAGAGGAAUCAGCGAUAGAUGAGAAUGAGCACGAACAGGCACCUUCGCAAGAAACACAUACAGACGUUACUGAAAUAGCUAGUCAUGAAGAUGUUGAAGAAGAAGCGAUAGAAACACCCAUGGAAGAAGAUGAUGGUCAACCUGAACAAAUUCAGGAAUCACCAAGCGAUACAAAUGAAGUGAUGGAGGAGAAGGAGGAAAACAGUGAUAUUUCUAGAAUAGUAGAUGUCGUUUCUCAUGGUAUUGCGGCAUACCAUAAGCAGAAUGAAGAAAAAGCUGCGGCUGCGGCUGCUGCUUCAGAUACGAUCAAGGAUGAGAGCGCUGAUCUAGAUGCUAUUGAUGAUCCUGCGAGCGAUGAAUCUACUGUAAAGCAAGCCAUUUUUGGCAAUGAUAACGAUACAGUGAUGAUGGAUGAAAGUGACGUUCCUCACGACAAUACAUCACCUGUUAUAAUUGACAAAGAAGAAGUAUCUGCCAGCACGACCAUCACAACUACCAUUACCGUCACUGAAGAGAGCACAGUGGAAUCAUCCUCUAAGGAUCACAGCAACGAUGUUGUUGUUGAUGAUGAUGAUGAUGAUGAUGAUGAUGAUGAUAAUGCAUCUGUAAAACCAGACGAAACUGUAAAUAACCCUGUCGUAGUUAUUCAUAAGGAAGCAAGAGCCGUAGAGAGUCUUGCAGAAGAUCCUAAUGAAGCCCAGUCAGAAGCUAUGGAAUAAGACUAUUCUCUGUAUAUUUUACAAAAUUCUUUGGAUGCUGAAAAGACGUUA